CUCGGGGAUUUUCACUUUGAAUAUUUUUGUACUUUUUCUUUCAUUAUAUCGUACUCGCCACGCAGUGGAUAUAACUUACCAGACAUGACGGGAACUCAGUUUUUACCCUGCAAAGCCAAAACUCCGCUCAAUGCGAGGGGAGCCCGAAGUUCAUAAAAGGGAUUAUUUGCAUCUGGGUGCCUGAGCCCUUCGGUGCCUCCGGAUUUUACUUUGGAUUUGGGAUUUAUCGGUUCUCGCCGGGAUGGAAAGCCGAGAUUUCGCUCCUCCGCACCACCUCCUGACCGAGCGGAGCGCGUUGGUUCACAGCGCCGCGUCUCGGAUGGCGCCAGGCGGCCACGGCUCCGUGCAGCACCCCGCUCACUUCCAGCCCGGAAAAUACUACUCAUCCCACCUCUCCAUGGGUCCGCACUCAGGUGCUUCCUUCAUGGGUUCCUUCCUGGCCAGCAGUCUGGGCUCCCCGCCCUCCCACCCUCCACACCCAUCAGGACCCGCUGCCUCCCCCUCCUCCCCCUCAUACAGGGCUGGAACCCAUUCGAGGGCUUCCCCUAUCUGGUUCCCCCAUUCACAUGAAGGGUACCCCAGCUAUUCAGGAAGUCUUGCUUCUCCUUUUCUCCCCAUGAGUCCUCUGGAUCACCAUAGCAACGGCCUCUAUGGACAGCACCGCUUCUAUGAAACUCAAAAAGAUCACUUCUACCUGAGAGGCCUUCCUCCCCAGCCCCCUUUGCUCUCCUCCAGUCACAGCCUUCCUCCGCUGUCCAGGACUGCCCCAGGCCACCCGCUUGGCUCUUGCAGCCGAGAGACGGACAAUGGGGGAGGAGGCGGGAAGAGCACCAAGGAUGUGGGUGAGAAAGGGGUUUCGUCUGUGUCAAAAAUGAAGGAGCGAUCGAGCAGCAAGGAGCGGCACCAUGAGAGCAAAGACAAACAACAUCAGCUUCAUCAUCACCAUCAGACAAACCCUGCCACCACUCCAUCCGGCCACCAUCACCAAGCUUACCCCCACUCUCACCAUGCCCUCCUUCCUCACCUGACACCACAGGGCAGGGAGGAGGACCACAGACACUCCCUGGAGAGACACAAGGAGUACAGAGACAGUGACUCGGGCAGUCAGGAGACAAAACAUAUGAGUGCCUGUAAACUGUCCAGUGGUUCGGCAUCAGAGACUGGCUCUGGAGGAAAGGGUGGAGCACUGAGCAGCUGUAGUGGUGGUGUGUCUGGCAAACCUCCGUCUGGAGGUGGCCGGAGGUGCUCCAAGGAUGGACCCAUAAAUGGGGAGAUGAGGAUCAGCGAAUCCUCUGCUUCUUCUAAUGAAUGUAUGAGAAGAGGCGCAGCUGCAGUGACAGCCAUCUUGGCAUCUCCAACCCCCCACUCUGUGGCAUCCUACUCCAUGCCUCCUCCUCCCCCUCCGCCACCUCCUCCUCAUGCUUUGCACAUGGGCUCCACAGUGGCAGGAGGGUGGCUACACCAUGCACAUCACCAUCCUCACCCUGAGUUUUACUGUUCCCCAGCCCCUCUUACACUCACACCCUCCAAAGAUCCAGCAUCCACCCCUGUAGGGUCUGGCAGGGAGGCUAAAGUCACUGGCCCAACUUAUGUGCCUUCAGUUGGGCCACUGGCAGACCUGGCAGCCACUGACUGUCAUGGAGCAGGAGGAGGUGGGAGAAAGGGAGAUGACAAGAGUGGAGAAGGAUCCUACGAAAGUCCCUCUCAUCACCUCAGCCGACUUAGUAGUUGCCAGAGGAAGGACAAAUCCCUGCCACACCAGCAGCAUUUGGGAUAUGGCAAGGCAGACAAACCUCCUGACUGGAGCCACCAGACGCAGCAAUUUCACAAACCCAGCUCCAACGUGAGCUCCCAGCCUGAGCUGCGGUCCUGCAGCCUGGACACAUCUUCAUCCUUCAGAGAUAAAGAGAUUGUGGAUGAUGUUUACAGGCCUUCACUCCCACUAGAUGCCCAGGGGACACACACUGGUGAUGGACAGGGCACACCGAAAAAUAGCCCAGAUACCAGCACACCUCCCUUCAGGGACUGUUCCCACUCAGGUCCUCAUCCUGAGGGGCGGGUGGGGUCAGGGGCAGCGACUCACAGGGAGGGUCAAAAGGUUGCAAGGAUACGGCAUCAGCAGCACAGCAGCCACGGAGCAAGUACAGAAGAGAGGGCAAGAGAUGGGGGUCAAACGGCAUCUUCCUGGGGUGCUCGAGGGGGCUGCCAAGAGGACCAGAGAAAAGGUUCCCAUCAUGCAUCAGGUGGUAAUAGUGAAGUAAGAGGGCUCAGUAACAGAGCUCCAAACAGUGACCAAGGCCAGCCCCAUUCUCAACUGCCUCCACCUCUAUCCCGCUCCUCAUCGCAUUCCUCCGAGGGUGAGGGCAGUGCUAUGAAGAACCUAAUGAACUACAGCUCCCAGCAGCCCUUGCUGCUGCCACAGCGGGGCCCCUUCGGUGGUCUGGGCUGCCUCAAGCCAGGAGAGAGAGCAGAGAAAGGGGACAGAGGAGGAGCUAAAAGCAACACCUCCCUUCAAGACCCUCCCAAACCAUCGCUCCCUCCUCGUCGGGGCUCAACGAAUGAGGGAGAUAGGGGUGACAGAGGUGGGAAGGAGAUGGGGGAGGCAGGUGAGGGGGAAGUGCGACAGCCUCCAGUGGGUAUUGCCGUCGCAGUAGCCAGGCCCCCCCAUCGUUCUCCUGACAACACCCCUGGACACAGCAGACAGGGCAGAGUGCUGCCCAGCAUGAAAGGGGUGUCGCGCCCUCUGUAUCCUCUUGGUCGGGAGGCAGAGGAGAGGAAGAGGAUGACAGAGGAACAGAUCAGCCUUCAUCACCUGGAGAGAGACAGAGAAAUGAUGAUCAGGGAAAACAAGGAUCGCGUGGAGUUUGCCAGGAUCCACCCUUCUAGUAGUUGCCAUGGUGACCUGACCUCUCACCUCUUGGUUCCCGGAGGAUCCAGUCAGUUAGGGGUGGACCCUGCUGCACAUGCUCACCCAGCUCACCACCACUGGAUGCAAAGGACAGGAAGUCCCUCCCUCUGGAUGGGGCAUUCAUACAGUCUGGGCCACGUGGGAAUGAGUCCUGGCUUCCCACCAGGUCUGCCCAGCUCUCUGCAGCCUGUCUUGGGGUCGCUCACCCAAGACCCUAAUGCUCCGCUGGUGGUUCUUCCUACAGAACCUGGUCCUCAUCAUCACCUCGACGUUUUGGAGCAGUCAGGUCUGUGGCCCCCUGUAUACGCUGGCAGAGGCCCUCCUUCUCACCUGCAGCAUCACCCCGUCUACUCCCGCUCCUCUUUCCUAAGGCAACAGGAGCUGUACGCCCUGCAGCAUCAGCACCAUCAGCAGCAGCGAGCCAUGGAGCACAUGCAGCGCCACUCCUUAGGACAGAGAAAACACGAGGAGCAUGCUAUCACUAUAGAGGACUCUCUUCAUGAAUCUUCUUCCUCCAGAACUCUCUCCUCCUCUUCUUCCUCUUCUUUGUCCACCACCACCUCUCAUGUGGCCAAACCCUUUUCCCACACUCCUCCACCACCCAAGACGUCCACACCGUCCCCGGGGAUGUGUCCAAGCAGCCGUCAGUCACCUUGCUACCACUCCCCGUCCAGGCGACCGCACCCACCCAACCCUCUGACCCCUGCGCCGAGCCCGGCUGCAGCUGCACCCCGCUCCCCGGCACUCAGCCCUGCUCCUUCACACCUCUCAAAGGGGCUGGAAAGGGGCAGUGAUAGAGGAGAGGGACAGCCACCUCAGGACUACCCACAAUCCCUAGAGCCAGACCUACCACCUGUUUACACCUUCCCUCCAAUCACCAUGGGCUACAAGGCCGGGCCCUCGCCUCCUAAAGCUCGAUUGGCUGAUCAAGCCACGGUGGAGGCGGAGCCAGCAGAGCCUGACUCCAAGUCCCUCCCACAUCCAUGCCACACCCAGUCCCUCACCAAAGAAGAGGAGAGGAGAGAAGAAGAGGAUGGGAGAGACUGUGAAGUGGUGGAAUCCCAGAGUGGAGUUGCAGAGGAAGAGAAGGAAGAAAGGAGGGUGGAAGCGAAAGGAUGCUCAGCUUCCAAGUCCGAGAGCAAGAUUUGUGGAUUGCCGCCAUGCCCUUCCCCAGCUCCGGUCCCAGAUCAGGCCUGCCCAGCCACAGCCACAGGCAAAGCCCUAAAAGUAGAGCUCUCUCUGGGUUGCCCGGGCCAGAAGGCCAGCCUGGAGGAGCGCCAACUAUCCAAAGAGCCCGACGAUGACAGGAAACAUGGAAAAGUGGACAUGGCGGAAGAUGAGGGACAGAAAAUGGGGCCUAAACCAUCAGAAUGUACUAUCUCUGUGCCUGUAGAGCCUGGAGAGGAGGAGAAGGGGGAGGUGGAGGAGGAUGGGGGUAAAGAUGGAGGGAAUGUAGAGGUGGUUGAGGAUGAGGAUAAGGACGAAGAGGAGGGGAGUGGGAUGAGUCCAGACGAGGACUCUGUGGAACUAAUAUGUAACUCUCCUGCUCAUUCCCCAUCCUCUGACCCCGCCCUAUCUCCCAUGGCAAGCACAGCAGCCCAGUUGCAAGGGGCCUACAUGUGGAGCCUGGAGCUCUUGAUUGCCGCGGCUCUGUGCGCCACCAGAGAUGCCUUGUACCCACCAGUACCUGCUUUCCAGGCACCAAACCCUCCAUCCCACCAUGGUAUGGAGAUACUGGGAGAACUUGCUGAGCUGGAGAUCCAGCAGAGGAGCAGGGAGAGCAAAGAGAAAGACACUGAAGGUGAAGACAUGCUGACCUUUGACCUCCACAGUCUGGCUACGCUGGCGGCCGCCCGUGCUCUGGAGAUGGGGGGAGAGGUUAUGGAUGCGGGGGUGGGCCGACAGUGUCCAAUCAGGAAGAGGCUCAACCUGCGCAGGAAGUGCAGCUGGACGCCUCGCCAUGAGCCGGUGUGCCCAGUGAAAGGCUCCAUGGAGACGAUGGGAGGGGAGGAGCUGGCCAUGCGUGUCCAGCUGGCUGAGCUACAGCGCCGCUACAAAGAGAAACAGAGGGAACUGGCCAAGCUACAGAGGAAACACGACCACCAGAAAGAAGAGACGUCUCGUAGCCCUGCCCGCCGGGGGCCCGGCCGCCCCCGCAAGCGCAAGUCCACCCCCGGCCCAGCUGCUGCAGAGAACUCUAAAAGACUCAGGACCGGGCUGAAUUUACUGGAGGAAAAACCCAGGAAGAAAAUGUCCAAUCACGGCUUCAACAGCCUCAGCUCUGCACAGAUGAAAGCUCGCUGUAAGCACAGAGGGCGGCCCAGCACCCUGAGCUCCAGGCUGGCCAGGAGGGUGACCCAGCUGAAGCAGAAGGCUGCAGCCCAGCGUGGUGCACCGUCAGCAGGCAUGCUGCACUGCAGAGGGACCCCUGGUGAGGAAGACACCUCCAGGAGUCACUGCAGACAAGGAAGAAAAGACCUGCAUCAAGACUGGGCAGCUGGUCAGACUGUAAAGAGGAAGAGGGGUCGAAAGCCCAAAGUGUUGAUGGGCGUAAACCCAAAGAGAGCUCACUACAAGGAUGGUCGGGCCACUGAGAAACAGGAAGUUAGGGAAGAGAAGAGUGACAUCGAGAGCUCAGACUGUGAGGAGGAGGACGGCAGCUACGACAGUGAAGAUGGAGUCGGUGACAUCAAGAUUACCUCAUCCUCUAAAGAAGCUCCUGCAAACCCUGCCGGGAUUGUGCCUUUUUCAUCGCAGUCCUCCAAGCUCCAAGCAAAUCAGAAAGCCAGGAGUAAGAGACCAGGGCCUGCUGACAUGGGGAGCAUGCCCAGUACAGAUCAGAGGAGAGCACCCAGAAGGCCGAGCCUCUCCAACACAGAAAGAGGACGCCCAGACCACCAGCGGACUAAAAAAGCAUAUCCGCCCAGCUGGGGUGUGUCAUCAGUAGGCUGCAGCUUUGGGGAUGGCCGCGGGAACCAUGGAGCUCUGACAGAAGCAAACAGGGCUGGCAAGGAAGCUUUGAGAAACAGCUCAGCAGGAGAGGGCAUUCUGGGAAAGGCCAAGGGCCACGCAGUCAGCCGGCUCCUGCAGAGCUUUGCUGCUGACGAAGGCUUUCGGCUAGAUGAGGAAAGCAGCUUCUCAGAGGGCGAGGAGGAGGAAGAGGAGGAGGAGGAGGCGAAGGAGAAAAUGUUGAUCCACCUCCCUCCCAACAUGCCUCGCAGAAUUCCCGCACUGCCAAACUGUGUGCUGAGUAAAGAGAUGUUGGUGGAUGGGCUGAAGAUUCUGAUCUCAAAGGAAGAUGAGCUGCUGUACGCUGCUUGUGUCCACACUCUGGACCUGCCUGACAUAUUCAGAGUUGUCAUCGAAGGGGAACGAGGAAAUCAUCCCCGGAUCUACUCACUGGAACAACUACUGCAGGAAGCUGUGUUAGACGUGCGGCCCCAGACCGAGGCCAUCCUGACUGCAGGGACAAGAGUCUGCGCCUACUGGAGCGAGCGAUCUCGCUGUCUUUACCCUGGAUACGUCCAUCGAGGAGGUCCUGGUGAGGAGGAGAAGGAGGGCAGCGUGAUGGUGGAGUUUGAUGAUGGAGACAGAGGAAGGAUCUCCCUCGCAAACAUCAGACUUCUGCCCCCAGGAUACCAAAUCCACUGUGCGGAACCCUCUCCAGCACUUCUGAUCUCACCUGGUCACCGUGGUCGGAGAAGCUCCACCCAGGAGAAGAAAGACACACCCACAGAGAAACCAGCCAACGAGGACCCAGCAGUGAGGCCCCAAGAGAAAAGACCAGUUGGCAGGCCGAAGAAAAUCCACUCAGUGCCUAAGACUGCCAGCACACCGACAUCAGUAACAGACACUGUGACCAAAGGCAACCCUUCCUCGUUGAACUGGUCCGCACCCAGGAAGAGACCGCCAGUUGACUUCUUCCUCUUCAAUGGAACAUCCCGUAAAACCCAGCGGAGGAUACGAGAGCAAGACUUUGGAUUCUUUCAUCGGCCCACCUCCCACCCUUUCGCACCUCCACUGCCUAUCAAAGGCAUCUUUGGCUCCCCUUUUGAAGGUGACUCAUUCAGUAGCAUUGCCAAUGGCUUCUCUACUUUUGGAAGCAGUGGAAGCUCUGGAGCUCGGCGCCCGAUUAGCACAGUAGCUUCCGUAGGGACCCGGGACCCCUCGUCCUCUGCUUGCUCCUCAGCAGUCAACAUGGCAAUGGCAGCUGGAAGCAGAAAGCCAGUGAGCGAACGGGACAGGAAACAGUUCCUGGUGAAGCUUGACCAUGAAGGAGUGACCUCUCCUAAAACAAAGAACGGCAAGGCUCUGAUUCGACUCGGGGGGAGUGGAGGGAGAGAGUCACACAAGAGCAAGAGUCUCACCUCCACAGGGGCGCCGCUGCGAUACAUCCACCCUGCCCUGCUGGUGAAGGAUGUCAAGAAGGGAGGAGGGGGAAGCGACAGCGCUGGGGUUCGUUCUGAGGCUAAUACAAAGGGCCCUCCACCUCUGAGAAAAGAUCUUCUGUCAACAGGAGGUCUUGGAGUCCAAGGUGGGGAUUACAGUUUGGACUAUCCAAGUGACUGUCCAAGCUCUUACUCUGAGCUAGAUGAGGAUGAUGAGGAUGAUGGUCAAGAUCCUGAAGCACGAGGAGGAAGUGCAACGGUCACAUCCCACCGCGGAGGUCGUUUUCUCUCUCGUCUCUCCAACUGCUUCUCCUCAUCUUCAUCCUCUUCUUCCUGCUCUGGGUCCAUCUCCUCCUCAUCCCUCUGCUCCUCGGAUAACGAUUCCUCCUACUCCUCUGAUGAAGAGUCCUCCUCUGUGCUGCUGCGCCGUGCACUGCUCCAGCAGGACAAACACAAGCACAGGCCUAACAUGACCUCCGACCUCCCUGACCCUACCACCUCCAACUCGUCUCCAUCCGCCUCAGCCCCGGCUCACGGCUAUCUGGCAAAAGCCGGCAUGGCCGUCUCGGGGUCCAAGGGGAGGGCUGACAGAGCAGAAGACAGGAAGGAGUUCAUGUCAAAAGAAAGUAUGGUGGCUAAUAGUAGCAAGACCCAGCUGAAAAGGAAAGAAGGGAUUCCUAACAGCCACCAUCAGAGCCAAAGCAGUCCUGUGAGCCAGCAGCAAAAACCUGCCUCCAAGGACCCGGCAACAGCUAAAAGGCAGAGGAUGUCGUCAACUGAGCCUCUAUCUAACAUGGCUCCCCUUCCGCCUGGACGACAGCUCUGGAAAUGGUCUGGCAACCCCACACAGAGGAGAGGUCUGAAGGGUAAAGCCCGCAAGCGUUUCUACAAGGCCAUCGUGCGGGGCAAGGAGACGGUGCGUGUCGGGGACUGUGCUGUGUUCCUGUCACCUGGCCGGCCCCAGCUGCCCUACGUGGGUAGAGUGGAGAGCCUCUGGGAGUCGUGGAGCUCCAGCAUGGUCGUCAGGGUCAAGUGGUUCUACCACCCAGAGGAGACACGCCUGGGGAAGCGACACCGCGACGGCAAGAAUGCCUUGUAUCAGUCAAGCCACGAGGAUGAGAAUGACGUGCAGACCAUCUCCCAUCGCUGCCAGGUGGUCAGCAAGGCUGAGUAUGAUCACAUGAUCCGUGAACGUAAGCCCGGCAACUCAACGGACGACCUCUUCUACCUGGCUGGAACCUACGAACCAACCACGGGCCAGCUGAUCAGCGCGGAUGGCAUGGCCAUUGUGUCCUAGCACCACCAGCUAGAGAGAAAUCUAAAUAUUGACCUGAAGUCUGGAGUUGACUGCUUCCUGGAUGGUCCUUCAGUACAGAGCAGGGGACAGAGGGAGGCGCAUUGAUCUGUCCCUUGUAAGAGAAAGAGCUAGCCCAUUGGAUAAAGCCCGACAGUACUGGCACUUAGAGGAGUCUGGUUUGUUCUGGGGAAAAGUCUGAUUCAUGUCAGAUUUAACCUCUUUAUCAGAUGUGGACUGAGGCUCCUUGUUUCAGCGAGAGUUAACAGCCUUCCCUGUGGCUGAAAAAAAACAGAGUAUCUUGUCACUGCGACAAGAUUACUGCAACAAAAGAACAGGAACCAAGGACAUGAGCACUUGGAGAACAGUAGCUUGGAUAUGCUAUGGAAGCAGGGUGGCAGACUUGGUUUUCUGAAACAAAGGCUGACACAGAGAGCAGGAGAGACUGUAUGGUAAGGAGAGACUUACUGUAAACCACACUGGUUUGGGGUUAGAUGGUCUUAUACUGGUAGUUUGACGAUGACAACGUGAUUGGGAGAUCGCCAACAGGACCAAAAAACACUGUAGUUCGGACUUUGUGUGUAAAUGCGUGUGUGCGUGCGUGUCUGUUUGCAGAGUGGCUGCGAUUACCCCUGUUUGGCAUUUAAUGAGCUCUAAGUAAAUAGUGCUUUAGUGUGUGUGUUUUUUUUUCUUACUGUAUGUGUGGUCAUGCACGUGUACACCUGCGCUCAUCAAGCAAAGAUGACGUCAUGACACACCGUCGGUAUGUCGCUAACACACACACUGAUUAUGAAUCUGUCUAGUACUUAACGUGCAGAAACACGAAAAGAGUUCUUCUCCUGUCAAGCCAUACACGUCAAUACCUCUCUCUCGUAUCCUCGUAGUCAGGUGCAGAGAAACAUGUACAGGAAGUUGGAUUGUUUAUUUGAAAAGUGCGUGCAUGUUGGUGUGUGUGCGUACGUGUGCAUUGGCGUGUGUGUGCGCUUUGUACAGCAUUAUGUAUAAUACAACAUGUUGUAAAUAGUAUACAUAUAUAUUUGUUCUUGUUUUUUUGUUGUUUUCUUUUGCAGAGAAGAUUAUUUUAUUUAGAUUUUUUUA